AUGUCAUUACGAGAAGGCUUUCCCUCGAUGGGAGGUUCGACGUCAUCUGCCGAGAACGCUACGAACCGUGAGAAUCCCAUUACGUUUCUGACGGCCACAUCGAGGAUCCAACGAAUGGGUCUGAAGCAACGCUCCAAACGUCUACUGGUACCGGCUGCAUUGAGACGGUCUAUUACGGCCGAACAUGCAGCGGCUGUUUCUCGAAUGAACGACAGCGGCCUCAAGGGAAUGAGUUUCGAUGAGCGCAUGUCACAAUCGGAGCGUCUUCCCCUGCAAACUCCGGAACAACGAGAGCUCACCUAUGAUGGUACUGAUGCCGGGAGUACCACGGGGGAUGGCACUGCCAACAACAACAACAACAAUUUCAUGGAUGCUUCCUUUCCAGAAAUGCCUGAAAUAUAUGUGGUCCAGUAUGCUACCAAAGCAGCACUCAUCGAUAUUGUGUGCUGCAAAUUUGUCAGUGUCUUUUUGCUCGUCACGCCCGUUGCAAUCUGGGCCAAUUUCCACAAUGAUAGUUGGUCACCGGCUUGGAUUUUCUGGCUCAACUUUGUGGUCAUGGUCCCUCUAGCAGCCAUGCUGGGAGACUUUACCGAAGAACUGGCACUCCAUACCAACCAAACCAUCGGGGGUCUCAUCAACGCCACAUUUGGAAAUGCCGUCGAAGUCGUUGUCGCCAUUCAGGCAUUGGUAGCCAAUGAGUUUAGGGUUGUGCAAGCCAGUAUGCUCGGAUCCAUUUUCAGCAAUCUAUUGCUCGUUCUGGGGUGCUGCUUCUUUUUCGGUGGACUCUACUACAAGGAACAACAAUUUAAUUCCGCGGCAGCCACUUCCAAUAUGGGAUUAUUGGCACUCAGCAGUAUUGCACUGGUAUUGCCCACUCCCUUUGCCGAAUACUACAAUCUGGAGGAUGAACAUGUCCUCAAAAUAUCAAGAGUCUCCGCCAUCUUUCUCAUGUUCAUGUAUCUACAACUACUUUUCUUUCAACUCCACACCCAUGUUCACAUAUUUGAAGAUGUCCCCGUGGCGUCGACACCCAACAACAACAACAAAAAAGACGACAAUGCCGAAGAUGACGAGGAAGAAAAAGAAGAAGAAGAAGUACCAUCCAUUUCCUUGGCGGUGGCCAUUGCAGGUCUGUUCUGUUGUACCGCUUUGGUGACGUACUUUUCCGAAUACCUGGUAGCUUCCAUUGAUGGAUAUACCGCAUCCUCGGGGAUUAGCCGUACAUUUGUUGGUCUCAUCAUUCUACCCAUUGUGGGAAAUGCCGUAGAACAUAUUACGGCUGUUUCAGUUGCCAUCAAGGACAAGAUGGAUCUCUCCAUGGGAGUCGCCGUCGGUUCCUGUACGCAGAUCUCACUCUUUGUGGUCCCAUUGACGGUCCUGGUGGGAUGGGCGGUAGACAAACCCAUGACUUUGAACUUUCCACACUUUGAAAUCAUUUUGUACGUGCUCAGUGUGAUCACAGUCAGGUAA